CGCCUGAUUGUUUACAUCGCGGCGAGGCUCCUUCAAUGGCGGAGUGACACGACGCAGCCCCGGCCGCCGCACAGCUGUCCCGCCCUCACGCUCACCCCGGCGGCGCUGACCUCGGCUCCCGCUGCUCUGCCCGGACGCUAGUACCGCUAUGGACACCUUCAUGGGCUUUUCUGUCCACAUGGACUUCGAGGGUCAGAAGCUGGCUGAAAGGCUGUUCCAAAUCAUUGUAGUGGCUUUUGGUGCAGUGGGAUGGCUUUACGGGUACUAUGUUCAGGACUUCUCCAUGACAGUACUCACCUUGGGAGCUGGGUUCCUCCUGGCCUGUCUGGUGACUUUGCCUCCGUGGCCAAUUUACCGUCGAUACCCCCUCAAGUGGGCCCCACCCCAGGACAGUUCCUCCACACCCUCCACCUCGACUCAAGAGAACACGUCCAGUAAGAAAAAGAAAAAGUAAACCAUCCACAUUUUUCUUGACAC